UCCAGGUCUUCCAGCAAAUCUACAUCUUCCAAACAGUCAAGAUCUUCCGGACAAUUCGGGUCUUCCUGAAAAUCCAUGUCUUCCAGAAAAGUCAUGGCUUCCAGGAAAUCAAUAUCUUCCAAUCAGUUCCAGGUCUUCCAGGCUAUCCACGUCUUCCAUCAAAUCCACAGCUUCCAGAAAAUCCACAGCUUCCAGCAAACCCUGGUCUUCCAACAAAGCUGUAUCUUCCAUCAAAUUUAUAGCUUCCAGCAUACCCACGUCUUCCAACAAAGUGACGUCUUCCAGAAAAUUCAUGUCUUCCUACACCUCCAGGUCUUCCAGCAUCUCCAGGGCUUCCAGCAUCUGCUCGUCUUCCAGCAUCUCCAUGUCUUCCAGAAUCUCCACAUCUUCCAGCAUCUCCACGUCUGCCAGCAUCCCCACAUCUGCCAGCAUCUCCACGUCUGCCAGCAUCUCCACAUCUGCCAGCAACUCCAUGUCUUCCAACAUCUCCACGUCUUCCGAAAACUACCCAGUUUUCCAACAAUGGGCUCAAAAUCCACGUCUUCCGUCUCCAGUGUACCGGUCUUCUAACAUUCAGGUCUUCCUGUGUCUACGAUAUCCAGGGACUCCGGUGUCUUCCCACAUCCCCAAAUGUGCAUAUGACAUGAAGUGGUGUGUCUAUAUUGUCCCAGUCUGA